CCGCGCCCCUUCCGGCGGCCGCUGCCGGAACCGCGGAGCGGAGGGGGCGGACGGGCCCGGGACACCGCCUCGCCUUGCGCUGCCGGUCCCUCCCGCCCCGUCCCGUCCCCUCAUGGCGCUGGAGCGGACGGGCCCCGGCCCCUCCCGCCGCCCGCUCCGACCUCCCCCGCCCCCGUCUCCUCUUGGUUCGCCGCUCCCGGCGGGCAUGUGAGAGGGGCCGUGACCGCAGGGAGUUUAUAUGGAAGAAAUGCUGCGACUGUUCUCAAACUCUAUUACAGACUGAUUUCAAUUGUUGCAUCAUUUUUUGUUGAGUGUCAGAAGUUCUACUCCUCAUUGAUCAAUGUGACAGUGUUCAGUAGUUUACGAGAUGAGCCAAACUCGUGGGAAGUAUGACUUCUGUAUUGGUCUGGUGUUGGCUAUGAGUUCCAGCAUUUUCAUUGGAGGAAGUUUCAUCCUGAAAAAGAAAGGUCUCCUCCGGUUAGCCAGGAAAGGCUCCAUGAGAGCAGGUCAGGGUGGUCAUGCAUACCUUAAGGAAUGGCUGUGGUGGGCUGGACUUCUUUCAAUGGGAGCUGGCGAAGUAGCGAACUUUGCUGCCUAUGCUUUUGCACCAGCUACGUUAGUGACUCCUCUAGGAGCUCUCAGUGUUCUUGUAAGUGCCAUUCUGUCAUCCUUCUUUUUAAAUGAAAAACUUAAUUUACAUGGAAAAAUAGGAUGUUUGUUAAGUAUACUGGGAUCAACUGUGAUGGUAAUUCAUGCUCCACAAGAGGAAGAAGUAGAAACUUUGGAUGAAAUGUCCCACAAACUAGGUGAUCCAGGUUUUGUGGUGUUCGCGACGCUCGUGGUCAUUGUGUCUUUAAUUCUAAUAUGUGUGGUGGGACCUCGCCAUGGACAGACCAACAUUCUCGUGUACAUAACAAUUUGCUCUGUAAUUGGAGCCUUAUCAGUCUCCUGUGUCAAAGGUCUGGGCAUUGCUAUAAAGGAACUUUUUGCAGGAAAACCAGUGCUGAAACAUCCAUUGUCUUGGAUUCUGCUGCUAAGCCUUACUGUCUGUGUGAGUACGCAGAUCAACUAUUUAAACAGGGCUUUGGAUAUAUUCAACACUUCAAUAGUGACUCCAAUAUAUUAUGUAAUCUUCACAACAUCUGUUUUAACUUGUUCUGCCAUCCUUUUCAAGGAAUGGCAACACAUGGCGGCUGAUGACAUUAUUGGCACCUUCAGUGGCUUCCUGACUAUUAUUGUGGGGAUCUUUUUAUUGCAUGCCUUCAAAGAUGUUAACUUCACCCUAGCAAACCUGCCCCUCUCUCUGCGGAAGGAUGAUAGAGCAGCAAAUGGCACUUUGCUGAGCACAUAUGACAGCUUUAAUGAUGAUGAAGAAAGUUCUGCCUGCCUAGGUGAAAUGCAAUCCACUGAGAGUCUCUCGGCCAGAAGAAAUGGAAGCCUGUCAGCCUUCUGAAAAUAUCUACAUGUUACUUAAGAAAAGAACAAUUCUGUAACCCUGGAUUUUUUUUAUUUCCUGCUGUGAAAUGUCUGAGCUUGUCUGGAAAGUCAUGUACUUUUUAACAGUAUGUGUAGACAAUCGUUGAUUUUUGAGUUUGAUUCGUUUGGAAAAAGAAAACUGAGAUGUUUUUUAUUUGCCUUACUUUUACUUUAAAAAGUACUAAAAUGACCUCAGACCACAAUUGGUUUUGUUGCUUAAGUUAUGUGUAAAUACUUUCAUUUCAUUCUUCUGUUUUUAAGAUGUAUUGCACUAAUUACAAUUUUAUCAAAAAUAAAUGGCUUUAUUUCUGCAUUGGUGGUAAAAA